AUGUAUGCCAUCCGUGGUGAGGGCUCUGAUCCAAUGACGUAUCAUUUUGAGCUGAAUGCAAAAGGAGAAGAAGGUGAACUAGACACCUCAACCAUGUCAACAGAUGCUGCAAAUUGGCAAAAAGAAGAACAGGUCACUACAAAACCUACUGAAGGACCCAUUUCAAGUGAAAAUUCUGAACAAAAUAAACCCGUUGAGACGGAAGAGAAAAUGGUUACAUUGGCUGAGACUUUGAACGAAGAAAUUUUCGAUUCUGUUGAUCAAGAAGUAUCAAAGGGAGACGAGUUUUUGAUUCCAGAAAACGAGCAUUUGGAAAUGGAUCAAUCGACGGAAGAAAUCCCGGAAUUGAAUGAUGCUGUCAGCAAAGAAAACACGAACAUUGAUGAGGAGUUGAAAGAAGGCAUAAGUGAUGACAAGAUGUCGAUGAAUCAAACUGUGAAGUCGAUUUCCGACGGAGAAAAGCAUCUAAACGAAGAAAAAUCUUCUGCAACUGAAACGAACAAAGAAAAAAGCGACGAAGCAAAAGAUGCGGACGAAAGUGCUGCCCGAUCGUUUUGGGUUCGCAAUCUGCCGGGAGGAACAAAAGCCGCAGAACUGAAAGCUCUAUUUUCUACAAUCGGAAAGGUCGAGCGCGCAAAAAUAUUCACUUCAAAGAAGGUCGUCAACAACGCGAACGCUUUUGGAUUCGUGACAAUGACUGAGAAGAACGACCUUGAAUUGGCGAUUGAGACACUGAAUCGAAAGGAAUUCAAGGGUCGCGUUCUCACUCUCGAAAGGGCGGAUAAAAGUCGACUUCCAACGGCGAAGGCAAAUGCUCCAACUUCGACGUCGAUCUCACCGAGCACCGACCCCAAGGGAAAGAAGAGGGCUGGAGAUGAGAAACGCCAAAUUGUGUCAAGCAACCCAGAGGCGAAUAAGUCUCGAGAGAGGACUACAAGGGAGAAACAUGAGAUCAGAGGAAAUGGGUCACGUCAUAAAGAACCUGAGCGACGACGAACUGAAAUCCGAAGCUUGCCACAUCGCCCAAGAGUUUUUGCUGAUCGGGAUCGCGCUUUCAAUGAUCGACGCCGCCAUGUUGCACCAGCCACAAAUUCUCGGGAUCGUCCACUAUUGCGAGGUUAUGCACCACAAGGCCAUCGAGGCAAUCGACCGACUCGAGGAUUCCGAGGAGGUUUUGGUCGCGCCGUUUCUUCACGUGCGAUUUCGCAACGAGUGUCAUAUCCUGAGAGAGAAUCGGCUAAUACUUCAUCAAGGUUCGGCUCUCGUCAAUCAUCAUCGAGUUUGCGAGCGAAUGAUGGCAUUUCGUCUCGACAACUAGAGGAAUUGCUUCGUCUCAAAGAGCAAGAAAGUGAACGGAAAGUACGCGAGAUGCAGCUCACAAUGGAGCGGGAACGGAUUCGCUACGAGAAGGAGAAACUCGAAAGAAAGCUAGCUACGGUGGAGGCAUUGCGCCAUCAGAAUCUUCAAGUUCUAGAUCAUCGCGAGAUCACCGCGGAACUGUUUCCAGGAUUUCAAAAGAUCGACAUUCAGCAGGAGGAAACUCUCGCGAUUCGGGACGCCAUUCUACUCGCAAUGACUCUCAUAGUCGAGAAUCUUCACGUCAUCACGUCUCUUCUCGACAUGAACGCGCGGAACCAAGAUCGCGCCCUGAAACAUCGCGUGAUCGUCGCGAUUCCCAUCAUUCUGAUCGACGCGAUGCACCAAGGUAUGGGAGCACUUCUUAUACACACUCUUCUGGCGGUGGACGCGUUUAUGAAUCCCUCUCAAGGAUCUUCUCGCGAUUAUCAUGGAGCUGGUGUUUCGAGCACGGGUUACUCAACAGCAACGUUGCCAGCCAUCAGUGGUUAUCCUGCCCGUAACAUCUCUCUUCCAACCUUUGAUACAUCUGGAUUUACUGCCGGGGCGACCAGUGGUUUUGCUUGGCCCACGCUUUCCAAUCCAACGAUUCAAUCGCGAACAACUUUCAAGAACUCUGAUUACACAUUUGCUGGCUCAUCGGACUUGUCUGGAGGACGUCAUUACGAUUACACCCGCCGUUAU